CAUUUAGCCGCUGGACAGAAGCAGAAUAGCCUGGAGCUCAUCGCUUCAGACCUUGUAGUCAUAAGUAAUGACUCGCGCGUCCCGGUGGAAGUUGCCAUAUCACUGCAGGAACAGCUUUACGAGGUCGCCUUAGUACUUGUCUACGACACUGUCGACCUCCUUGCGCGUCUUGCAAGAUCGCAGUUCACCCUUCGUGGAGCCGAAUCGAUUCGCCAGUAUGGACCACUACAUACGCGCAAAAACAUGGAUCGCAAAUCAGAUUGCCGAACAACUUGUGAGAGAGCGUCAGAGCGAAGGCACAAACGGCAACUUCUCGUACUCAUUAGAGGAGAGGCAAGCUUGGCUGAAUGAUCCCGAUGCCUACCUCCGUUAUCGUAAGGAAGUUGAAUUGUCACUCCAGGGGUUUUACGCCACCUGCAAACGCGACAACCCAAAGUGCGUAGGUAUUGAAACAAAGUUUGCACGAGUGAUGAAGGAGCGACUAUGGGCAAACCCUGAACUCAUCGAGUCACUUCUUCCCAGUUAUCCACCACUUUGCACGCGUCUGACUCCAGGUCCGGGCUACCUCGAGGCGCUGGCAUUACCCAACGUGGAUGUCAUUACCUCAAACAUACAGUCGAUAAAUGCGACUGACAUCAUCACUAAAGACGGCCGACACAGACCUGUGGAUGCCAUCACUUGCGCGACAGGCUUUGAUACAUCCGUCUCCUCUGGCUUUCCCAUAUAUGGCCGUGAUGGUCUGAACCUCCGACACGAGUAUAGUGACUACCCACGAAGUUACCUCGGUCUUUGCACCGACGUCUUCCCGAACUUCUUCCAUUCCUUGGGCCCCAACUCUUUCCAAGGUGCAGGCAGCUUACUCGUGAUGAUCGAGUCCAUCCACUCAUACAUUGCGCAAGUACUGGAACGCCUAUCAACAGGUAACGUCAAGACCGUCGAGCCAAAGCGCGAUCCGGUCGAAAAGUUCACAGCAUACUGCGAUGAGUACUUCAAGCGCACCGUGUACACCGCAGACUGCCUGAGCUGGUACAAGACAGCGCCGCCAGGUUUGUCGACCGAGCAGCGUAUGCGGGGCCGCGUCACGGCAUCGUGGCCUGGGAGUAGCGUGCAUACUAUAAAGGCAAUGAAGUCGGUGCGGUGAGAGGACUUCGAAAUGGAGUAUGUCGAUGGUAAUGACUUCGGGUGGUUUGGAGAUGGAGGGACUGUGGUGGACUGCUCUGGUGAUCCGGAAGGGUUCGACGAGCUAUCUCAAUGACUUCCAGUUCCUGAAGCCAUAGGCCGAGCGAGCAGAUUCAGCAGUAGAGUGAAGUUUUGAAUAUACUGCUUUUGUUGACGAUCAUUUAUGAACAGUACAAGGAUUUUCUACGUGUUAGAAGAGCGUGUCCCUAUAGCAAAUAUGUUUUGCAACAAACACCCGAGCAGAGCAUCUGAGCGUACUACAAUUCAAGUGAUGCGCAUUGUUGCAGUGAGUGAGCGAAGGAGGCGAUGACAGACAAAUUUGCUCUCGAACCCUGCUGGGGCCCAAUCUAGCGUGGUUCUCUGAUGUCAUGUAUCACAACCUCUACGUCG